AUUAAGAAUUCAGAGCUUGUCCUCAUGUGUGAUCUUCUAAGAGAUACAUUCAAAGUCCAUCAUCAAUCCGCCGUGGGCGAAAUCAAUCUUGCUCAUAAUUCAACGCCGAAGCGCUUUCUUGUAAUGCACUAUGACUCAGUCCUCCAUGGUUUCAGACUCCAGCUGCACUCCUUCAUCUGCAAGGACAAGGGAAGAACCUCCCUUAGUUGAGGACUUCAGAGGUUCCCGGGCCGAUAAGGCCUAUGAGGAGAUGAAGAGCGACGCCCUUAUUGAACAUGAGAAUCUUCAAACAAAUCGCAUGUUCUGCCUGCAAAAGAAACCAAGGGGGUCUCCGAGCAAAGUUACCCCGGAGUCCUCUCAUGCUGCACCUUCUACCUCUCUGGCAGAGAUAACUCCACGCCCUUCCCUCAUGGAUAUCCUCACUGGAGGGGAAAGCCGGGCGACUAGGCCAGAGGUAGUUCAAUCUGAGAGCAGAAUCACAAUGGCUUGCCCCUCUAGCACCCAUACCUCAUCCCCCAAGGAUCUAGCUCCUUUCGGUCAGCCCAUGCAGGGCUCUUCCUUUGCCCAGGCAAACUUGUAUCUCGCUGCCAACUAUAAAUUUACGAUGGAGACCCAGAAUCUGUUUAAACAGAACUGGGCUUCGCUUCAGGAAAGUCUCUUAUCUGCUAAGGAAGCUCAUGCCCAGGGGAGGAAGAUGAUUGAACGGGUCCGAAAGCUAGCUAAAGGACCAGCCCUCAGUGACAUCAGGCAUCACCAGGACGUGGCAGCCUUCCCCACUCUGACUACAAGGUUCGACGUAUCGAAUCUAACGGUGAAAUCGAAAUUGGAUUUGGAGCCCGUGGGCCCGAAAAGUGCGCUUGGGCCAGGUUUUGAUAUUGACAAACUGUCGGGAACAUGGGACAAAAUGAAAAGAUUCAAAGUCAUAGCAAAAGCUCUUCGAAGGAACAAGGGAUCCUCUCGGACAGUCUUUAAGCCGGGCAAUCUUCAAACCAUCUGUGGAUUAAGUUAUGAGCUUACCGCCGACAUCCAUCUGGUCAGAUUACAGGAGACGGUGAGGUCAAGUGGUCAGAAUCUGGUACCUCCCAGCAACAAGAAGAAGGAAAGAAAACUCCAACUCCAUGGUAGUAUGUUAAGGAAGAAGAAGAAGGAGCAAGAAAACCAUUCAAGUGUCCAAAAUCCUGAGCAUAAGACAAUCAGUCCACUUGAACAUCCGGAAGGUAUUGCAAAGAAAGUUCGGCGUUGGAAUGUUGAAAUUAGUGAGUUAAUUGUCGGAAUCAUGUUCAUCGACAUACCCGAAAUUCUGGACAUCAACUUUCUAUUGACUUCAGGUCCGAUUUACGCUAUCUUACAUAUGUUAAAACGAAAUACUUUCUGUACGAAAGUUAUAGCCUUAUAUCUUAGGAAUCCGCAGAAUCAAACGGUUUGCGAUUCCGUGAAGAAACGAUGGAUAUAUGCCCAAAAUACCGCAGGCUGUCCAAUUGUGACGAGAUUGACAAAGUUGGUGAAUUUCGAUGUUGUUUCCACUCCCGUUCAUCCGUAAGGUUUCGACCGAUGAUUUCCAAGUCUGUACCCUUGCGUUAGACUUGUCGAAUCAUUCAUCACAUACAUUCAUGAACAUAUAUGUUAUUCCAUAUGUUAAAACCAUUCCAAAAUAUAUAUGUGAUGCAUAUAUAAGUUAUCUAUAUGUUGAGAUCAAAAUACACCAAAUCCAUAAAGUUAAUAUACACAUAAGUAAAUAUAAACUUUAGAAAUCAACCCAACAAUAUGUAUAUGUUAAUCAAAGGUGCUUAAAAGACUUAAAGAAGUAUUUUGGACACUCAAAAUAUCAAGAGAAAGAUUCGCAGACCCAAACGGUCGACGCAAACGGUCGACCGUCGCGUUAAACAUCGAAAUGGACCCCGACUGACUUACUAGUCCGACAUCACCCGUUCCGGGCUUAGUGUACGUACAUGGUAUUCAGGUUUCGAGUACCACCCCUAUUUUUCUAGUCUCACCUCAUUCGUGAGACUAAGGCCGCGUGAGUUCGUCGUACCAAAUGGGCGAAUCUCAUAGCGCAAGGGUGUCCUUGCAAGUUAUAGGAUCAUGCAUCAUGUUAUCAUCAUCAAGUACAUUGAUUACAUAGGUGUCAUGUAAUCAUCAUCAAGAAUAAUCAAAUUGAUUAAAUGUGAAAUCAUGUUAUCAUCAUCAAGUACAUUGAUUACAUAGGUGUCAUGUAAUCAUCAUCAAGAACAAUUAUAUUGAUUACAUAGGUGUCAUGUAAUCAUCAUCAAGAAUAAUUAUAUUGAUUAAAUAUGCCAUCAGGUAAUCAUCAUUAAAUAUCCACCAUCAUAAAUCAUCAAAUUGAACAUAUGAUAUAAUGUGCCAUAUCAUGAAUAUUAUUAUACAUUUUGUGGACGUAUAUAUAUGUAUAUGUAUAUGUCUAUGAAUUGUUCUAUAAUUCUAGCGUGGUACCACUCAGCGGUUUCGCUGAGCGUGUAGUUUGUAUUUUUCGUUGACUACACGUAGGUAACAAGAAGACAAUGAUGGAACCACUCCCGGAGGGCAUUGAGUCAGAGGAGAUGCAAGGAUGGCAGGCAAAUGUUGAUCAUCAGAUUUUUAAAUGUGUCAUGAUUUGAUUAUUA